CGACAACAUGCAUAAGAUAAAUACCCCCUCUUUCCCAUCAGGUGUUCUGAAUUCGGACUCUGGUCCUCGAAAAUAACCUAUAUGAUGCAAAGCAUUGACGCUUUUCGAUUCUUGGACCUUCCAAAGGAACUCCGGUUGAUGGUCUACGACCGCAUCCCUUGCGUAAACGACCAUCUGACCUUAUCAAGGCGGGAUUGGUCUUUCUUCGCAAAGAAACAACCUCUUCACAGAGAUCAGACCGCUGUGCAUGGCGAUGCGGACUCCGACAAACCAGUCAUUCUUGUCGUCCAAAUGCCUCCUUCAUCCAUCCUCGCCACGUGUCGAACCAUCUAUGAUGAAGCGCUACCCAUCAUCUCCAAAAGAAGAAAGAAACCACAAGUGAAGUCACUCAAGGUCAUGUGUGGCGCCGACUUCCUCGAUGUUUUCUCGCAACAAGACGGCCUUCUCGACAUCAUCCUGAAUUGGACAAGGGCUUCCGGGCGCACUGAAGACGGACGCAGAGGACUUGAGAGCGAUGAGAACAUCCACGACUGGCUACUAGACGCUUCUCUCGUAACAUUCGAAGACGCAAAACACCCACAGUACCCAGCACUCAUCCACAUCAUCGACCAAGUCCAGCAAAACCUCUGCUCUCGCCACGCUCUUCCCAUCGAGAUCUCACUCAUCGAUCGCAACCUGCACAUGUUCGAGCAGUUCAUGGAGAUCUUCUACUGGCGAACGAUGGAGAAAGAGGGUAAGGUGACCAUCAAAGUUGGCAUGGCUGGGCCGCAGUAUUAUGUGAAUCCUAAUAGUUUGAAGAGGUGGGAAGAGACGUUGAGCUAUGUGUCGAGAGAUUUGGAUGAUGCUAUGGAUAUGCGAAGUCUGGUGUAUGGAACGAGCAGUGGGAUGAAGGUGCUAAGGGCACCUCGACUGAUAGGGUCAGCGAAGGACAGGUGGGAUAACGAGUGGGGGAGGCAGCAGUAGCAGCACCGAUAGUCACGAAACCAAGCGUCAGUGGGUUCCCAUAGAGGCUGUCGCGCAGAGCAGACGGUCGCAGUGUGUUACCUGGAAUGGCUCGUAUGAUUUACAUUAAAAAUGUCAAUUUAUGUGGCCUCCUGUCUCCACAUUGUAGCCAUCAUGCUAAGAUACAAUAGGACGCACCCGUCUCAAGACGAUCUUUCCUUUAUCCAUAGUCCCGUACGUCUCAACCCAAAAGG